GUAGCAACUGGUCCCAUCUUUGAACUUGCGAAAAAUGUUUCAUUCUUGCUCUGUUAUUCGAGAAGCUAAAACUAUGGAGACGAAGAAUAUUGCUCCUUCAUUCGAUCGUGCCAGUGAGCUUAAAGCUUUUGAUGAGACCAAAACGGGUGUGAAAGGACUCGUCGACUCCGGAAUCUCACAGAUUCCACGCAUCUUUCAUCAUUCAUCUGUCAAACUUGCAAACCCUGAACCAGUUUCCUCGGACUUGCUACAUCUCAAGACGAUCCCAACGAUCGAUCUUGGAGGACGAGUUUUCGAGGACGAGCUUAAGCACAAGAACGCGAUUGAAAAGAUUAAAGAAGCAGCAGAGAAGUGGGGUUUCUUCCAGGUGAUCAACCAUGGAGUUUCGCUCGAACUUCUUGAGAAGAUGAAAGAUGGAGUUCGUGGGUUUCACGAGCAAUCCCCUGAAGUGAGGAAAGAUUUCUACAGUCGCGAUUUAACUAGAAAGUUUCAGUAUUCAAGUAAUUUCGAUCUCUAUAGUUCUCCAGCUGCAAAUUGGAGAGACACAGUUGCUUGUACCAUGGAUCCAGAUCCAUCCACAAGAUAUUCCAGAGAUUUGGAUGUCACCAUAGAAUAUUCAGAGCAAGUGAUGAAUUUGGGUGAAUUUCUCUUUACGCUUCUAUCAGAAGCUCUAGGGUUGAACCCUAAUCACCUCAAUGACAUGGAUUGUUCUAAGGGUUUGAUCAUGCUUUGCCAUUACUACCCACCAUGUCCAGAGCCUGACCUAACUUUAGGCACAAGUCAGCACGCCGACAAUACUUUUCUUACCGUUCUUCUUCCAGAUCAGAUCGAAGGGCUUCAGGUUCUUCGUGAAGGGUACUGGUUCAACGUUCCUCAUGUUCCAGGAGCUCUAAUCAUCAACAUCGGAGAUCUUCUACAGCUUAUAACAAACGACAAGUUCGUCAGUUUGGAGCACAGAGUAUUGGCGAACAGAGCAACAAGAGCUCGAGUCUCUGUAGCAGGUUUCUUCACCACCGCCAUGAGACCAAACCCUACAAUGUACGGACCCAUUAGAGAGCUCGUGUCUAAAGAAAACCCUCCAAAGUACAGAGAGACCACUAUUCGAGACUACACUGCUUACUUCAGUGCCAAAGGACUUGACGGAACCUCUGCGUUGCUCCAUUUCAAAAUAUGAAACAUGGCGAGCUAGCUACUACUUUAUCACACACAUACUGUAUAUGUAACAUGUUGGAGAUGUGUGAACCACAUGCAUGUGGAAUUUAUGAUUAAUUAAGAAUCGUUAUUUCGGUUUAGUCCACAUAAGGUGUGGUCUGUAUCAUUUUGUCUAUAAAAGAUCCUGAGACUAUUUUUUUCCUUUUUUUGUUUUUCUUUAUCUUUCUGUAAUAACUUAACUUCUUGUUGACUUAGACUUGCCUGGUCCGGUUACCGUCAUACGUGGUUGUUUUUGUCAAUAAACCUUAUCUCUUAUCAAUGGACAAUGGUUUUGCUGUAGCAACUGG